AUGGUUCAAACCAUACCAACCCUUGCCACCUCUGUGCUUCUUCCCAACUUCCGGCUCCGGAAAACAGGAGUGAUGCAUCACUGCAAGCGACAUACGAUGGUGACGGUUUCUGCGACGAGAAAAGAUGAUUACGGUGGUGGGAGUAGGACAGGGAAGAUUGGGGACGAGAACAUGGUAGUGCUGAGGAAGAGAAUUCAGGAGAUGAAGAUGGUGAUGGAGAGGAAUGAAGAUGAUGAGGCUCCUCCUGAGCAUUGGAUGGAGUGGGAGAAGAGGUAUUACACUUAUUACCACUCCGACGUAUUUGAAGCCGUGGGUUUGCUUCAAACCCAACUCAUGAAAACCAGGCCAAGCGUAGCUUUGGGGAUGGUGGCUCUUCUCAUGGUUAGUGUUCCCACGUCGACGUUCAUGGUCGCCUUGCAUUUGAUGAAGAUGGCCAACUGGAUCGUAUCUGCAGGGAUUCACCUCUCUUAG